CAGCGGAAUUUCUGAGCAUUGUGCGUCGCACGUCCCCUGGAAAGCCGUGUGCAGAUCUUGCCCAGUAAAGAUGUGGGAGUGGCUAGAUUUUUUCCUCAAUAUCAUAGUCCUCACAUUGGGGUGGUAUACAUUGGUCAACAUCGUGAAGAGAACAGCUCUUGGACGUGGUCGUGCCCAACAGUUCGAUAAUAUGAUUGGUGCCACGCUUAUGUACUUCAUCAUGAAGGAUAGCCUGAAGAAGUUUUAUGAAAGCCCCAAGAAAGAGGUUUUUGCCAGUCUUGAGGAGUUGAAGUCCGCGGAUCCGGAGCUGCAAAAGAAAAAUGCGCUGAACAUUCUGGAGGUGGGCGUCGGCUCCGGCACCAACCUCGAGUACUACCCAGCCGACUCGCGGCUGCUCUGUGUCGAUCCAAACAAGGAGUUCGAGAUCUACUUCCGGCGCGAGUGCAAGCGGAAGGCGGCGCACCUGGACCCGGACAUCCGGUUUGUGACGGAGCGCGGCGAGUGCAUGCCGUCGGUGGCCGACAACUCCGUGGACGUCGUCGUCACCACGCUGGUGCUCUGCUGCGUUCGACACGUCGACCAGAUGAUACGCGAGAUCCACCGCGUCCUCGUGCCGGGUGGUAAAUACUACUUCGUAGAGCACGUCAGAGACAAG